UAUAUAUAUAUAUAUUGGGAAAAAACCUAACCACAGGUCCACAGCUCGCAGCUUCCGACUUCGGCACCUCCUCUUUCCUACCUCCGAAUAAUCUCUACCCUUCUCUCUCUCUCUCGGAGAUUCCAAAAUGUCGCUGGUGGCGAACGAGGAGUUCCAGCACAUAUUGCGUGUGCUGAACACCAACGUCGACGGGAAGCAGAAGAUUAUGUUCGCUCUUACCUCCAUUAAAGGUAUCGGUCGCCGCUUGGCCAACAUCGUCUGCAAGAAGGCCGAUGUCGACAUGAACAAGAGAGCUGGUGAAUUAAGUGCCGCUGAGCUGGACAAUCUCAUGGUUAUUGUUGCCAACCCUCGCCAGUUCAAAAUCCCAGACUGGUUUUUGAAUAGGAAGAAGGAUUACAAGGAUGGCAAAUACUCUCAGGUGGUUUCCAAUGCACUUGACAUGAAGUUGAGAGAUGAUUUAGAACGAUUGAAGAAGAUCAGGAACCAUCGAGGUCUGAGACACUACUGGGGCCUUCGCGUUCGCGGUCAGCACACGAAGACUACUGGUCGGAGGGGGAAGACUGUUGGUGUCUCUAAGAAGCGCUGAGUUUUUUUUUCUCUUUUGUUUUCAUCAGUUAAUAUAUAAUUGGGCAACCGAUGAAUUUUGUGAAUUUAGUAUGUUGGAUCAGAGACGUUUUUCUACUGUGGUCGUGGUUGGGUAGUACACACACUAUUCUUGGGUUUCUUAGCCAUGUAACCCUAUUUAUCUUAUUAGGCUCAAUUUUGGUUUUUCAAUGAUCAUAGCUAGUGGUAUUCUUCUACCUGGUGUGUGGUACACGACUGUGACUGUUUUUCUUAGCAGAAAAGGAAACCUUCUAGCUAUCUGUAUGAAAACCAUAAUAAAUUGGUUUCUAAACUUGCAUUA